AUGAUGGGUGCCAAUGAAGAUGCCGAAUUCUUCGCAUUGAGAAAUCUCUCAGGAAAGACUGCUAUCGUGACGGGAGGGUCAAAUGGCAUUGGGUCGGAGACUAUACGUCUGCUCAACUCACAAGGAGCGAAUACCCUGAUUGCCGAUUUGGAAUGCACUCGUCCUGAUGCUGAAGCAUUGAUUCAAUCAUUACAACACCCUAAAUCUGCAUUCUUUGUGGGUGUCAACAUUCUCGUUUGGGAAGAAAUGAAGCUACUCUUUGCUCAAUGCAUACAGCGGUUUGGCAAAGCUGACAUUGUCGUAGCUAAUGCUGGGAUAAUGGAGAGCCAGAAGCUUUUUGAUAUGGGUAACGUUGACGAGCAGGGGGAUUUGCGCGAGUCAGCGGAAGGGUUUCGCGUAAUUGAUGUCAAUCUCAAGAGAACCGUUAACACCUUAAGACUUGCACUAUACCACAUGCAACAUAAUCAACUUACUUCUACGAGCGGUCGGAGGGGAACUGCGAUCCUAGUGACAUCCACAUCAGGAUACUUUGGGUCCACAGGGGUUGGGGCUUACAUCGCAUCUAAACACGGAAUCACCGGUCUUCUUCGAGGAGCACAAGAGGUCGGUCGAGAGCUAGGGAUCAGCAUCAAUGCCGUUGCUCCAUCCUUCACGCCGACUCCUACUUUCAAAGCACUGGGCGAGAAAUGGAAAAAGUCCGGUCUCAAACAAAAUACACUGGACAGUGUUGCAACGGCCAUUGCGCUCGCCUGUACACGAGACGAGACUGGUAAAUGCUAUCUGGUCGCCGGAGGAAAAUCCGUGGAAGAAGAAGAAAGCAGAAAGUCGCUUGUUCCACAGUGGCUUGGGCUUGAAAUCGCUGAGUUGUUGCAGUCUGCCAACAAAGCGUUUGAAAGCGACGGCUAUCCAUUGCCUGGGGGAGAUGAGUGA